UUCCUCUGCCCUAGGAGCCCGUACCUCAGGUGCCCAUGGGCCGCGCCCCAAAGGAGCGCCCUCCCACCUCCCCCGGCCAGGGAAACUCCCUCAGCCGGGGAGGCGGGGGCCCACGCAUGGUGCGCGCGCAAGUGCCAACUGCUGAUUGGUCAGCGGCGCCGUCCGUCAUGCGCGGGCUGGGCGGUGCCGCGCGUGCCGGCGUUGCCGGGUAACGGCCGCCCCGGGCAAUGGCGGCGGGACCGCCCCGCGGUUGGUGCCUGGCGAUAUAAAGUCGUAGGAAUAGCCGGCAAAGCUGCUUAGGGCUGUGUUGAAAAUGCUGGGAGAGAAAAAGCAGUUAACGGUGGCAAGAGACCUUUACACAGACCCCACUUUUCCGGCCAGUGAUACCUCCAUAUUUUUUAAUUAUUGUACCCCGCUGGCCCAAUUCAGAGGCGAGAUCUCUUGGUUGAGACCUAAGGACAUUUGUUCCUCUCCUCGGUUAUUUUCAAACAAUCUGCAGGAUGUGCAAGUAAAACAAGGAAUUUUGGGAGACUGUUGGUUCCUGUGUGCCUGUGUAGCUUUGCAGAAGAGCAAAUACUUACUGAACAAGGUGAUCCCUCCAGGCCAGCCCAGCUGGACAGAUGAGUCCUACCAAGGCUGCUUCACGUGCCGGGUGUGGCAGUUUGGCCACUGGGUGGAAGUGACCAUUGAUGAUCGCCUGCCUUGCCUUGGGGGCAAACUCUGCUUUUCCCAGUGUCAGACAGAGGAUUUGUUUUGGCUUCCACUACUGGAAAAAGCUUAUGCAAAAGUGCAUGGAUCUUACGAGCAGUUGUGGGCAGGACAGGUGGCAGAUGCUUUGGUUGAUCUGACUGGAGGAAUUGCUGAAAGAUGGACCCUGAAAGGCCCUGGAAAAAAUGUGGAGAAAGAGAAGACUGGCAUGGUUUUGGAGAAAGCAGUGUUUAGAAGAUUAAUGAAUCUGAAGGAACAGUGUGUAAUAAGCUGUUCAGUCCUCAACUCCAGACAAGGCGCAAGUGAACUAGGAGAAUUUCAUGCCUUUAUUGUGAUAGACACAUUGAAUCUCUCUGAAGUGUCAGGCAAGGAAAUCUUCCUGCUACGAAUACGAAAUCCUUGGGGGAGGCGGUGCUGGAAAGGGCCUUGGUGUGAGGGUGGUCAAGGUUGGAACCAGCUAGAUCCAGUAGUUGCUUCAGAACUCCUCUCACAGAUCCAAGAAGGAGAAUUCUGGGUUGAUGAAGAGGAAUUUUUCAGGGAAUUUGAUGAGAUUACUGUGGGCUUUCCAGUCAAUGAGGAAGGACUACUUCAGAGCCUCUAUACAGAGAAAGUGCUGUAUCACUCUCAGAAUCUCUUUGGAUCCUGGGUGAGAGGCCAGUCUGCAGGUGGCUGCCGUAACAACAGCAGCUUCCCUACCAACCCCAAGUUCUGGCUGAGGGUGUGUGAGUCCAGUGAGGUGUGCAUUGCUCUGCUGCAAAAACACAGGAAAUACAGCACUGACUGGGCUGGAAGGAUUCAGAAUCCAGCUCGCUUAGCAGAGGAGAAUCCAUCUUUGACUGAAGGCAUACAGGGAAAGAAUUACCAGGCUGUGGGAUUGCAUGUCUGGAAGGUGGAGAAGAAACGAUUUAACCUUCCAAAGACCCUCUCUGCUCCUCCAGUUGUAGGUACUGUCUGCCAUUCCUACGACAGAGAAGUCCAUGUGUGCUGUGACCUUUCACCUGGCUUUUAUCUUGUUGUUCCCAGCACUUUUCUGAAAGAUGCAGUAGGGAAUUUCUUACUUCGUGUAUUUUCAACAGGAAGGAUCUCUCUCAGUGAACUAAAGCCACCACCCAUGGAUGCUGCCCUCUGUGAAGAACUCCCAGCUGGUGAAUGGGAGACAGUGCAGCUGCAUGGAUGCUGGAAGAAUGGGCUAAAUGCUGGAGGUAGCAGGAACUUCCCCUCCUUCCAUACCAAUCCCUGCUUUCCCCUCUCCGUUCCUGCAGGACCAGGGAAAAGCAGUGUGAAAGUCACCCUCCGUCAGCACUGCCUGGAUAGCAAGUGUUGUCCAAUAGGUUUCCAUAUUUUCCAGGUGCCUAAUAGCAGCUGGAAACCACAAACUGCUUCUUUUGUACACUUGGAGCCACUGGUGAGCUGUGUUCCUCACUGCUAUUCCCAGGAAGUCAGCCGACUCUGCAGGCUUCCUGCAGGAAGUUAUGUCAUUAUACCUUCUACAUACUUGCCCAAUACAGAAGGAAAUUUUACAGUGGUCAUAGCAACCAAAAUAGACAGGAAGCGCAUUCACAGUCAGGAGACACUUGGACAAGUAUUACAAGAGGUUUCCUUUACAACUGUGAUGAAAAGGUAGUGUGGAAUUCUGACACUGUCAUUUCAAGAAACGUUGGGAAGCCAAGGAAUGCCUCAUCUCUUGCUCAUCUCAAUUUUAAAUGGAGUAACAAGAAGAUGCUCUUAGCCCAGCUGUUUUUCACUGGUGCCAACUGUCAGGCCUGUAACAACUUCUUUGUGAAAAAAUACCUCUUAAUCAUGAACACUCUGAAUAUUUGGUCUUCCCACAUUUUUAGAAGGAGCAUUGUACAGCAAAUUAUCAUGUACCUCAGUUCUUCAAAAAUACAGGUGAAGAACAUGUGCAUGUUUUAACCCAAGCUACGGUUUUGGAAGAAAACCAUGAAACCUACUUGUAAGGCCAGGUUGGAUGGAGCCCUGAUCACCCUGGUCUCAUGGAAUGUGUCCCUGCCCAUGGCAGGGGGAUUGGAACAAGAUGAUCUUUACGGUCCCUUCCAGCUAUAAACAUUCUAUGAUUGUGAAAUAUUUUAUUGGGGGGGAAAAAAAUCACCCUGACAGAAUGACUUCAUGUGACCAAAGGGGUGGUGAACAUAGAGGAAAAACUGGAGUAUUUUUUUCAGGUAGGAUAUACCUCAAGAACCAUCAAAAUACACUGGAGUAGAAAAAGUCCAAGCUUGUAUCUGACACUGCCAGUCCUGCUGCUGAGCACUUUACCUUGGGCCCUCUAUGGAACCAGGCAGAUGGUGGGUUCAAAAGAAAAAUUUUUUUGGUGAGUUUUUCUUUAAUGAAUGCUAGAAAUAAAAAAGACAAGACUUGAAAACUUUUGAAUUAUCCUAUCAGACUGCUUUUGUAAAUCUGUAAGAAUGUGUUUUAUGGAAGAGCUGCCCUUGCUGCAAGAAAUGUGCAGUUUAAGAGUUUUUUCUUAAUUUAUGUUUGAAAGUGUUUCUUAUUCAAGCAGGAUUUUUAAAUGUUAUAUUUUCCUCAAUAAAAAUAAAGUAACAUUAAAAGUUUUAAAAUGGCUUUUAUUUAAAAAGUUAAAUACUUCAGUUAUGUCAAGUAUGCAUUGGUUCUGUGGUAGCAAACAUUACCAUGUGUUAGAACCCUGGGAUUUCACUUAGUGGAAGGGAGUAAUGGGAAAUACUUGAAAGGAGAAUCAAGUCCUCCAUUAGUCCCAGAAAUAUGUAGUAUUCUGCUUUUGCUUUUAACUUCAUCCUGCCAUAAUUUCUACUAGCUCCUGUUGAACUUUGAAAAUUGAAAGGAUUUAGGAUGCUUUCGGCUGAAUUUUAAAUGGUCAAACCCUUCCACAUCUGUUGGUGUGGAAAAAAGAGCAAAAGAAAACACUGAGCAAUAAAUCUCUACUGUACCUACUAAAACAACUGUUGACAUCCUUGUUUAUUUUCUUAAUUUCUUGAAAAGCUGUUCCUUUCUCUUCAAAUAGGAAAUUAUUGGAUCAUACAACAGUGUUUCUAAACAGAAGGAAAAGUUUUUGUGAAAGUGCAUGGACCCGAGUUGUGAUGAAAUAGAAAUUGGAUACUGAGGAAGUAAAAAAAGAUGUAAGGAUUUCUAAAUGGGCUGUGGUUAUGAGAGGCCCCAUACUAUAAUCAUUUUUGUGUGUGUGAAGUUUAUGCUACACUUUAGAAUGCUUUGUGGGAGCGUGAAAGACAAAGAAAUCAACACUAAAUGUGUGUAUAUUCUAUUACCUCCUGCAAGAAGAUCUAAGAAAAGACCUGUGAACUCAGAAGAGUACCAGCUUACUGAAGAAAAUUUUAUUCAAGCAUCCUUACUGAGCAGUUGUCCCAUUUUAGGAGUGUGAUACCUGACAGAGCAC